UGGGGGCUUCACUGAGGGUUCGCUGAGGGUUUUGUAUUAUUUCUAGGAAGUGCUUGUAGAGAUUUGGAGAAGUAAAAAUCCAAAGUGCCAUGUACAUUCAUCCCCAUAUUUAUUCUUAUUUUUCAUCCAUCUGUUUUCCCCCCCAUAUUUUAGCAACAAAAUGACAAACUCUAGAACUGUUACGAGGGAAUGGCAAUCUAAUUGCUUUUCUCUCUUCUUCUCCACCCCAGUUUAAUUUACUAGUAUAGAAACAAAUGUUCAAUAAAACUUAGAUAUCAAAAAGUGAACCCUUAAGUCUGGAAGUGUUAAAAGUGUUAAAAGUCUUAUGCUCUGACAGCAACUGAUUUUAGUUUUUGAGGUCAUUGGAAAUGAAUUUUAGUUUUAAGUGGAUCUGAGUUUUGAGUUUCUGUUUUUAAUGUUAUUUUCCGUGUGAGAACUUUUAUUUUUAGUGGGUUUCUUCAGGUUUCCUGGGCAGAGCUACAGUGUUAUAUGCUUGGUUAGGAGAGUUUUCUCCUCAAAGAAUAUUCCAAGCAAGUACAUUUCUAUUCAUCAGAUUAUUCUGAGCCAAGGGAGAGAUAGGAUUGUUCUUGGGUCAGACCUGUACUUAGGAGAAGGAGAAUUAUAUUUAGAUUUUACUAUAAAGCUAACAGAGCAAAUAUAAUACUUGACAUUUCUGUAAAUACUUGUUGAAUCAAUGAAUGUCUUAAAUGAAGCCCUUUAUAUCUGUUAGGAUAUAAACUCUUCCAGAGCAAGGGGUUUGUUUUAUUAGCUCUGGUAUCCCUAGUACUUAGAACAAUAGAUACUUGGUGGAUACAUGUUGAGUGAAUAAAUGAGAACAGUCCAUUCAUUCAUUUAUCAAAAUAUUGGUGAGGAAAAUGCAGUCCACCCUGGGGAAGGUAAUGCAAUUGGUCAGAGGUGCAGCUGGGACUGAGUUCAGGGCAGUGCUGUCUUCUGUACUAAGACAUCCCUUUGACUUAUGAAGGCAUGAGUCAUGGGUAUGAAUACCAAGAUGGAGAAAACACUCAAAAAGGUUAAUCAUCUUGUAUAAACUCUCCCAAGUGGCUCCAGAGGCAGACACCUCAUGUUGCCAGCUGUCCUGUCAGCAAGCAGUUUUGGCGCAAGAGCAGCUGCACAAUGCCCUACAUCUUAACAGGCAUGAUUUGACUUACAUAAUGCUGGGGAAGAUCCACCUGCUGGAGGGAGACUUGGACAAGGCCAUUGAAAUCUACAAGAAAGCAGUGGAGUUCUCACCAGAGAAUACAGAACUUCUUACGACUUUGGGAUUACUCUACUUACAGCUCGGCAUUUACCAGAAGGCAUUCGAACAUCUUGGAAAUGCACUGACCUAUGACCCUACCAACUACAAGGCCAUUUUGGCAGCAGGCAGCAUGAUGCAGACCCACGGGGACUUUGAUGUUGCCCUCACCAAGUACAGAGUUGUAGCUUGUGCCGUUCCAGAAAGUCCUCCACUCUGGAACAACAUCGGAAUGUGUUUCUUUGGCAAGAAGAAAUAUGUGGCAGCUAUCAGCUGCCUGAAACGAGCCAACUACUUGGCACCCUUUGAUUGGAAGAUUCUGUAUAACUUGGGCCUUGUCCACUUGACAAUGCAGCAGUAUGCGUCAGCUUUCCAUUUCCUCAGCGCGGCCAUCAACUUCCAGCCAAAGAUGGGGGAGCUCUACAUGCUUUUGGCUGUGGCUCUGACCAAUCUGGAAGACCCAGAGAACGCCAAGAGAGCCUACGCGGAAGCCGUCCGCCUGGAUAAGUGUAACCCGUUAGUAAACCUCAACUAUGCUGUGCUGCUGUACAACCAGGGCGAGAAGCAGGGCGCCCUGGCUCAGUAUCAGGAGAUGGAGAAGAAGGUCCACCUGCUGCAGGACAGCAGCUCUCUGGAAUUUGACGCCGAGAUGGUGGACAUGGCCCAGAAGCUGGGAGCUGCCCUCCAGGUCGGGGAGGCACUGGUCUGGACGAAACCAGUUAAAGACACCAAGUCAAAGCACCGGACCACUUCAACUAGCAAAGCUGCCAGUCUCCAGCAGCCUCUGGGCUCUAAUCAAGCCCUAGGACAGGCAAUGUCUUCAGCAGCUGCAUACGGGAAGCUCCCCUCAGGUGCUGGAGGAACAUCCCAUCUCACAAAGCCACCAUCUCUGCCUCUGGAGCCACAGCCCACUGUGGAAGCACAUCCAAAUGAAGCAUCUGCACAAAUAAGAGAAAAAUAGGAGUAGGAUGACCCCAGACUAUAGGUUUCUCUGGUGAGGAUGUAGCAGAUUAGGAAAGGUCACGCGACACAGGCAGCACGGACGCCAGUGUGUUCCCUGGGCACCGAGGACCACAGGAUGUGUUGUGAUGACCCCAAGGAGCCUGAGGCCUAGCAGCCUCUCAUCAGCCCCGUCAGCCGGGACCAGACCGGUCCUUUCAGAAUUAAGAGCAGGGCUCACGACUCUGUGUUUGUAGCUUCAAGAGCCAGCAGGGCACGUGAUGCUGUUUGCUUCUGAAAUGACUGUCAUCUCCUGGAUGACUUCCUCCUUCCUUUGCGGAAGGAAAGUCUGAGACAGACCUCUACUCAUUAGCUCUGUUAUGAUGAAGCCUUGGCUUAGCUGAGAUGGUCCUCAGACUGGGGGGCAUGGCAGCCUCCAAGGCAAACAAAUCGUGGAUUAAUAAUCCAGCUCUAACAGUCUAAAUUUAAGGGGAAAAAUGAUGAAAAAAACCUCUGUAUAUUGAGGUUGAAUAUUCCAGCUAUGCUUGUCCAGGGGAAUCCAGAACAAGGCCCGUGGCUUGUUCUUGAGAGAGGUCAGAGUGUGGAGUCAGAUCAUGUCAGUGUGAUAAGAAGUAGGAGUGAAGGGCUGGUCUGGUAUCAGCACCAGCGAUUAAAAGGAAAGGAAGAGCUUCUUAACUAAUUUUUAUUUAAGACCAUCAAUGAUACUACUGGCCAGAUGCUAUCAAUUCAUUAUAUGUCCUUUUUAGAAUGAAGAUUAUGUAUCAUCAUCCCUUUGGGAAAAGUUGUUAACUUGGGUAUAAAAAUAAGAGAUCACAAUAAAAACUUCUUAAAAGAA